GGGUGCAGGGACGGCCGUGCAGCCCACCAUGCGGCCGGACAGACUCCACGCGCGCCUGUGUGUCGCGGCCUGUGGGCUGCUGCUUCUCCUCGCCCAGGGCCAGGGCCAGGACGCCUCCAGCCCCAUCCGGAACACGCACACAGGGCAGGUGCGGGGAAGCCUCGUCCACGUGGAGGGCACCGAUGUGAGGGCCCACACCUUCCUGGGAAUUCCUUUUGCCAAGCCACCUCUAGGGCAGCUGCGAUUUGCACCCCCCGAGCCCCCCGAGUCUUGGAGUGGUGUCAAGGAUGGGACCUCCUACCCAGCCGUAUGUCUGCAGAACUCCGAUGCAAUGAAUGGAAUGGCUGUGAAAAUCCUGAAUCUGACUCUGCCUGUCACCACCAUGUCUGAAGACUGCCUGUACCUCAACAUCCAUACACCUGCCCAUGCCCACGAGGGCUCCAACCUGCCUGUGAUGGUGUGGAUCCAUGGUGGGGCGCUGGUGAUGGGCAUGGCCUCCAUUUACGACGGCUCUGCAUUGGCAGCCUUUGAGGACGUGGUGGUGGUUGUGAUCCAGUACCGCCUGGGUGUGCUGGGCUUCUUCAGCACUGGCGACAAGCACGCAACUGGCAACUGGGGCUACCUAGACCAAGUGGCCGCGCUCCGCUGGGUCCAGCAGAAUAUUGCCUACUUCGGAGGUAACCCUGGCCGCGUCACCAUAUUUGGCGAGUCCGCAGGCGGCACAAGUGUGUCCUCGCACGUCGUGUCCCCCAUAUCCCAAGGACUCUUCCACGGCGCCAUCAUGGAGAGUGGUGUGGCCCUGCUGCCUGGCCUCAUUGCCAGCUCCUCUGACGUGGUCUCCACAAUGGUGACUGACCGGUCUGGCUGUGGCCAGGUGGACUCGAAGGGCCUGGUAGACUGCCUGCGGGGCAAGAGUGAAGAGGAAAUGCUGGCCAUCAAUGAGCCCUUCAAGAUCAUCCCCGGUGUGGUGGAUGGGACCUUCCUGCCCAGGCACCCCCAGGAGCUGCUGACCUUUGCCGACUUUCAGCCCGUCCCCAGUAUCAUUGGCGUCAACAAUGAUGAGUAUGGUUGGCUCAUCCCCAUGAGCAUGAACAUCUCUGACACCCAGAGGGAAAUGGACAGAGAGACCAUGAAGACUAUUCUGCAGGAAACGUCAGCAGCGCUGAGUUUGCCGUCUGAGUUUGGUCACCUGCUGUUGGAGGAGUACAUGGGUGACAGCACAGACCCCCAAACCCUCCGAGCCCAGUUCCAUGAGAUGAUGGGGGACUCCAUCUUCGUGAUCCCUGCACUCCAAGUAGCCAAUUUUCAGCGUUCCCACGCCCCUGUGUAUUUCUACGAGUUCCAGCACCGGCCCAGCUUCUUCAAGGACAUCAAGCCACCCCACGUGAAGGCGGACCAUGCCGAUGAAAUCACUUUUGUCUUCAGAAGCUCUGCCUUGAUCAAAGACUUUAAAAUCACUGAGGAGGAGGAGCUGUUGAGCAGGAAGAUGAUGAAGUACUGGGCCAACUUUGCUCGAACUGGGGAUCCCAACGGCGAGGAUCUGCCGCACUGGCCCGUGUAUGACCAGGAGCAGCAAUACAUGCAGCUGAACUUGCAGCCUACAGCAAGUCGGGCCCUGAAGGCCAACAGGCUCCGGUUCUGGACGAAGACCCUACCCAAGAAGAUCCAGGAGCUGACGCGUGCCAAGGAGAAGCACACAGAGCUGUAGUUUCCUGUGUCUGGUGGCGAGGGGGUGAGGAGGGUUCUCCCCAAUGUGCCCCCACACACCCACCGAGGAGCCCUAAGUUUCCCUUCAUGAACACAGCCAUUUAUCAAUUAUUUCACCCAGCCGUUAGCAAACAUUUAUGACCCACGCACUGCAUGACCGAACCGCCAAGCCUGCCACGGGUCCUUUCUUGUUAAACACACUCAGUAACCCUCCCUCCCAUACAGCCGUGGGUGGACAAACGCCAAUGAAGUUCACCUUCCCCAACACCCCGGCUUCAUCUCCACCUUCUCCCCAGCUUCUCUCCUCCAGGACCCCAGGCCUCCCCCACUUUGAAAGAGGGUACUUUGGGGAAUGUUGUUUACACCUGGCUCUCAAACCCACAUGUUCUCAUAUCUGUCAGUGGACAACUGAAAACCUGGACACGAGGAGCCCUGGAACGUCGAGGUUACCACCUCACCCACUGGGGUUGGCUACCACUGAGAAUGUGCAAGGCCCUGUCCCCAGCUAUUGUCACUCUAGAUUAAAUGUCAUCUAUCAUUGACAUUGAAACAUGCACUCUCCCACCUCUGUUCCUCAGUGGCGACUGGCCCCAUUUUUUGUAAGAAGCAUGACUACAUUUGUCCACAGGCCCUGGAGCCUGGGCCAGCUGUGACGUGACCAGAGAACCAGGCAAGUGACCAAGGAGACUUUGGACAAGACCUCACCUCACUGAGAGACUGUAUCAUUUGUCUCAAGUGGGAAGUUUCCUUGGUCAUCUGCCUCCUGAAGUUUGCCUUUAUUUUCAGUGACUCUACAGACACUGCAGGGCCUGCAUUUCACAUGACUGUAGCACAGGCGUGAAGACUUGGGAUGUUUAUCUUUGGAUGUUUCCUAGAAGUAGUAUUGAGGGAGGGCCUCCCUGGUGGCGCAGCGGUUGAGCGCUGGGUUGCAAAGCUGCCCGCAGCCUCUGUGGCGCCGGUUCGAUCCCCGGCUGCUCCCUGGCCACCAGAGGAGGAUCCCGCAUGGCGCGCAGACCUCUCCUGCCGCCCGCUGUACUCCUCAGCAGUGUGUUUCGGUCCCUCUGCCUGCUCUGCUCCCCGCUCUGGCUCUGGUGAAUUGUCUCACCCUCCCGUGCUUCUGACUGUACCCAGUGCUUGUA